AUGAGUGCCGAAAAAAAGGCCUUAUGGAAGUGUCAUAAAUGCAGAGAAAGAAGAAACUCUUCUUACCACAUAUUGGUCUCUGACUCCCCAACACAAAAACAACGAAGAAACGAUGAAGACGAUGAAUUAUUUGAUGAAAACAACAAGCGCUUCAAAGACAACGCACCAAACACCAAAAUCCAACAAGAACAAACUUUACAACAACAUCAACAACAAAACAUCUCUACAUCAGACAUAAGCGAAGCAAUGAAAACAAUGAUGCUAAAUAUGUCGCAAAUGACAGCUCAACUAUCGUCUAUAAGUAUGCAACUACAAAAUCAACAAGCAACUUUAAUGCAAAUCAAUGAUAAUGUGUCUAGUCUCAGCAGCCAGGUCAGUGAACUGCAAAAGGAGAACAGAGAGAAAGACAAACGUAUGUAUGAAAUGGAAACAAAAAUAAGUAAACUUGAACAGAAAGUAUUAGAGAAAAACAUUGAAAUUAACAACUUAAACAACAACAACAUAAACGCAGUUGAAACAGUAGAGAAAAUAGCAGCAAAGCUGAAUGUACAAAUGACUGAGAACGACAUCGAUAACGCAUACCUCACGAAAGGGAAAACAAAGCUUAUUGUUGAGUUCAGCUCUCUUCGUAAGAAGAGAGAAAUAAUGGACAAAAUUGAAAGGCAUAGAAUCGAAGCAACUGAUGUCAACAAUGACGAUGGAACGGGCAAACAUAAGUACAUUUAUAUAAAUGAUCAGUUGACUGCAAGCAAAAGACAUUUGUUGUGGAUGGCAAAAAACAAAGCCAGCGAUGCCAAUUGGAAGUUUGUAUGGGUGAAGCAUGGGGAAAUUUAUGCACGAAAAAUUGAGAAAUCUCCCGUAGUCAACAUCAACUGUGAAAGUGAUUUACAAAUGAUAUGCUAA